AUGGCGACAGUGAGGAAGGCGCUCCCGCGGAGGCUGGUGGGCUUGGCGACCCUCCGGGCUGUCAGCACCUCAUCUGUGGGUACUUUCCCAAAGCGAGUGAAAAUUGUGGAAGUUGGUCCUCGAGACGGACUACAAAAUGAAAAGAAUAUUGUACCUACUCCAGUGAAAAUCAAGCUAAUAGACAUGCUUUCUGAAGCAGGACUCCCUGUCGUAGAAGCCACCAGCUUCGUAUCUCCCAAAUGGGUUCCCCAGAUGGCUGACCAUGCUGAAGUCUUGAAAGGCAUCCAGAAAUUUCCUGGCAUCAACUACCCAGUCCUGACCCCAAACUUCAAAGGCUUCCAGGCAGCGGUUGCUGCUGGAGCCAAGGAAGUGGCCAUCUUUGGAGCCGCCUCUGAGCUCUUCACCAAGAAGAACAUCAACUGCUCCAUAGAUGAGAGUUUGCAGCGGUUUGACGAAAUCUUGAAGGCAGCUCGGGCAGCCAGUAUCUCUGUGCGGGGGUACGUCUCCUGUGUGCUUGGAUGUCCCUACGAAGGGAAGAUCUCCCCGGCUAAAGUCGCUGAGGUCACCAAGAAGCUGUACUCCAUGGGCUGCUACGAGAUCUCCCUGGGGGACACCAUCGGCGUGGGCACCCCUGGGGCCAUGAAGGACAUGCUGUCCGCUGUCCUGCAUGAGGUGCCCGUGACAGCCCUGGCCGUCCACUGCCAUGACACCUACGGCCAGGCCCUGGCCAACACCUUGACGGCCCUGCAGAUGGGAGUGAGUGUCGUGGACUCUUCCGUGGCAGGACUGGGAGGCUGUCCCUAUGCGCAGGGGGCGUCGGGAAACUUGGCCACCGAGGACCUGGUCUACAUGCUGACCGGCCUGGGCAUUCAGACGGGUGUGAACCUCCAGAAGCUCCUGGAAGCUGGAGCCUUCAUCUGUCAAGCCCUGAACAGAAGAACCAACUCCAAAGUGGCUCAGGCUACCUGUAAAUUGUGA